CUCGACGCUUUGCUCGUGUCCUGGAUCAACGUUGGUGUCGUCGUCUACACCGUCUUCGGCAUCAUCGGUUUCAUUCAAGAUUUCUGCUAUCGUGUCCUGCACCGCAUUGCUACCGGAGAGUGGGAGUGGGGCCGCUCUCGUUGAGCACACAACAGCAGGUACGCUAUGCGUGAGGCCACAAGAGCAUCAGUGACCCAUUCCGCCUUCGCCCCACGUCAGACUUUGCAUCCGACUGAGUGUGAGCGGCAAUGUUCUUCUCGCCUUUCGAGCUCUUCAUUGGCUUUGUGAUGGUCUUCGAUAUCACCCUUGGGGUCGGGCUGUUCGCCCACUACUUCCGACUGUUCGCCGGAGGGUGCGGUGGGCCGCGAAGUGUUAUGAACCCCUACAGCUGAACCACACUGUUUCUUCCCAAAUCGUGUCUCCGCUUUGCUACCAGCUGUUUGCUACCUCUUCGUCAACCGGGCAUGAUCCCUCUCCCCCCCCUUGACCCCAUCUGGUGGAUCAACGCUGGCGUGGUUGUCUACUAUAUCAUCGGCAUGAUCUCCUUCGUCGAAAAGUGAUCCUGGCGUUCGAUCCCCUUUCGUGGAUCAACGUUGGUCUCGUGGCCUACCUUCUACUCGGUCUCGUUGCUUUUGUCCAAGAUUUCUGCUAUCGCGUUGCUCGUCGGGUUCGAAGAGGCGAAUGGCAUUGGGGGCGAACUCCCUGACAUGACGCUGAGCACACAACAGCAGGUAUGCCUAUGCGUGAGGCCACAAGAGCAUCAGUGACGCAUUCCGUCUUUGCCCCACUUCAGACUUUGCAUCCGACUGAGUGUGAGCGGCAAUGUUCUUCUCGCCCUUCGAGCUCAUCAUUGGCUUUGUGAUGGUCUUCGAUAUCACCCUUGGGGUCGGUCUGUUCGCCAUCUUCUUCCAGGAGUUCGCCAGAGGGUGCGGUGGGCCGCGACGUGCUAUCAACCCCUACACUUGAACCACAUGGUUUCUUCCCAAAUCGUGUCUCCGCUCUGCUACCUUAUCGCCAAACGGGCAUGAUCCCUCUCCCCCCCUUUGACCCCAUCUGGUGGAUCAACGCUGGCGUGGUCGUCUACUGUAUCAUCGGCAUGAUCUCUUUCUUGUCAUACCACUGGUGCCGUGAAUCUCACUGAAAAACGGUAAGUCAGACGGGGAGUGGGGCUGUACACAGAGCACUUACGCCUGUCAUUCAUGUCCUGUCCCUUGCCACCACAGGUUCUGCGUCAUCAGGAGCGACAAUGGUGUUCCCGCCGGUGGACUUCAUCACUUUCUGUGUCCAGGCCCUUGUCUGCACCUUCUGGAUCUCGUUGUCCAUCUGGAUGAUCCUCAAUAUCCUCAAUAUCGGGCAGGAAGACACCUCCCGUCUGAGGCUGGCGCUUUAGGAGCCAGUCGCUCAGCCCAACGGCCCCGUUUGCUCUGCUCCUUCUUCCCUUCCCCCAUCAAGAGCUCCAAUGUUCUUCCCUUUCGCUGACCUCUAUUUCGGAUUGGUGCUCGCCUUGAACAUCAUCCUGUGGGUCGGGUUCGGUGCCUAUUACGGCACCAUGCUCCACUCAUACUGUGGUGGCCCGCAAGACAUCUCCCUCAACCCCUAUGCUUGAGCCUGUCCUUCUCAAGCCGUGUCUCUAGUCUGCUACCUUCUCGCCAAGCCGGACUGGUUCCCCCCCCCCCG